CCCAUUUCCUAGGAGUAUCAUUUUAAAAAAGAAUCAUGGCAAGUCGUGUUCUUCUGGGUUGCGCGCUUUUAGUUUUCUUUGUUGGAUUGGAGGCACAACAAUGUCCUUCUCAGUUCACUCGUGUGGGGAACAAAUGCUAUUACGUAUCUUUGAAUAAGACCAAUUGGCAUGUGGCUUAUCGAAGCUGUCGAAAGCUCGGAGCCGAGCUUGUGAUUUUCGAUAAUGAGCAGGACAAGCUCAAUACAACCGUAUAUCUCAAGACAUUGGGACUACAGUUCACCGAUCAAUGGCGCCAUUCCGUGUGGGUCGGAAUCAAUUGCCUUGGAAACCGUCGAAACUUCCGAUCAGGCAAGACUGGAGACAUUGUACCCUAUAUGCCUUGGGUGCCCAGGGAGCCGAACAACGCUUCUCCUGAGGAGGAUUGUGUGGGUUUCGCCAACUAUAACAAUGCCUAUGGAUACCAUGACAUCGAGUGCAAAGUAGAGUUUCCUUAUGUGUGCGAGAUUCCAGAAAUUAAUAUUACAGAAGACUAUCUUUGUCUUAAGCGUGAUCUUUUUUUGGAAGCUCGUCUUUAAGAGCCAUAAUUCUUUUUCAACUUAAUGUCUAUAAAGUAUAAACUAAAUUCUAAAAUUCCAAGUUCUACACACUAUACACUAUAAACUGUGGGGAUUAUAUACCAUAUAAAAAAAAGAAUCUGUAUUAAAUGUUAAAUAAACUGAUAUUUCAAUUUACGAUAAA